ACCACUCCUAACGCCGGGCUGGUGAGCGGGCAAAGCGUGUUGCGUGUCUGUCUCAAUUUGUGCAAGUUUUAAGAUGAAGAUUUAUUUCUGCGGAAGCAUCCGCGGCGGCAGGGACGACGCGUGCGUUUACGAGCACGUGGUCAAGACCCUCGGAAAGUUCGGGAAGGUUCUAACGGAGCACGUGGGCGACAGCGAGCUCACCGAUACAGGGGAGGAGUCGCAGGAUGUAGCCAUUCACGAUCGCGACAUGGAGUGGCUCAGACAAGCAGACGGUGAGCCCCUCUUAAUUUGUCCAUAUGCAAUAAUCAAUCAAAUUGACGUCAACGGGUCACGUGACAGUCGUCGUUGCCGAGGUGACGCAGCCGUCACUGGGCGUGGGCUACGAACUCGGCCAUGCCUACCUGAUGAGGAAGAGGAUGUUGUGUCUCUUUCGACCAUCAGCUGGACGCACGUUGUCGGCCAUGAUCCGAGGAGCGGCGGAUGGGGAGCGGAUGUUGGUGAUGGACUACAACGGCGAGGACGAUGUGGACAACAUCCUGGAUAACUUCUUCAAAAUAAAGCCUCACUGAAUUCUAAUUCAUGCUCUCUCAUUAAACGCACAAACUGGGGCACUUCCUCCAAACAAAACCGCAUUUGGAUAUUUGUUUGAUGGUCUUAAAAAUUAAAGUGGGGAAACUAUGAACAAAUAUCAGAAUUAGAGAAGGGGGCCAAUACUUUUUCAUGGCAAUGUACUCAUGCAUACUGGAAUGAAUGUAUAUAUUUGUGGGCACUCUCGGGUGGAAAUGUGUACACUGUACAGUGAUGCAGGGUGUAGAAAAUUGUGCACUGAAUGCACAGUGUGUGUUUUUUACCAGUUUUGUUUUCUGGACCCAGGAAGGUCUACCCCAGUAAGAUUAGCUCUUCUAUGUUGCAAAAGGGCGGCACGGUGGACGACUGGUUAUCACAUCAGCCUCACAGUUCUGGGGAGCGGGGUUCAAUCCCCGGCCCCGCCUGUGUGGAGUUUGCAUGUUCUCCCCGUGCCUGCGUGGGUUUUCUCCGGGCCCUCCGGUUUCCUCCCACAUCCCAAAAACAUGCAUGGCAGGUUAAUUGACAAUUCUAAAUUGCCCGUAGGUGUGAAUGUGAGUGAGAAUGGUUGCUUGUUUGUAUGUACCCUGCGAUUGGCUGGCAACCAGUUCAGGGUGUACCUGCCUCUUGCCCUAUGAUAGCUGGGAUGGGCUCCAGCACGCCCGCGACUCGUGUGAGGAGAAGCGGCUCAGAAAAUGGAUGGAUGUUGCAAAAGCUAAUGGGGAUCCAAUAAAACAAUUCCUAGUUGGAGGUCUUCUAACGGCUCUUUUGUGCGAGGGAUGCUUCCCAUCAGGCAAAUUUUUCUUGGGAACAGAAAACUCAAAAC